AUGGCACGGCAAAGUCGAGAUUCUUCAGGGACCUCCGACGGCCAUGGGCCUUGGUGCAUAGUUCCAGGACCUCACUGGAAUCUGGAGGCGCCCUCGGACGAAGCAGACAAGUCCUCCCUGGCUCUACCCAACGCCAUGAACGGACAAUUCAGCUCGUCGAGUGACUCGGCCGACGUCGGUUACCUCCCAUCUUCCGCCGUGCCCGAGGCAGGCCGCUCCCGGAUUGCAAGCCUGCACGGCUCCACGUAA